UGACGUCAUCGCGCCAGCGCUCGGCGUUCGGCCAUUUUGUUGAAUGAGCGCUCGCUCUUACGGGGUAUUUGUGUUGCGGGGCUCUCGGCCAGCGGCGAAAAACCCGAAUGAUUUAGUUUCGCGAAGGUAGAGGGGUACGUUCGGCGUCGGAUUACAUGUGCUAAGGAGCGUACGGUAUUGCACACACGCGUGAAUUGUCCGUGCAGGCGGCCGUCGCGGUACGAUGGAGGAGAAGGCGUCGCUCAAAGAGCUCGACCAGUGGAUAGAACAAUUAAACGACUGCAAACAACUGACAGAAAGCCAAGUGAAAACUCUCUGCGAUAAGGCGAAAGAAAUCUUAGCUAAGGAAUCAAAUGUACAAGAAGUAAAAUGUCCUGUGACAGUAUGUGGAGAUGUUCAUGGGCAGUUCCACGAUUUGAUGGAACUGUUUAGAAUAGGUGGCAAAUCACCCGAUACAAACUAUCUUUUUAUGGGUGAUUAUGUAGACCGUGGCUAUUAUUCGGUCGAAACUGUCACUCUGCUUGUAGCUCUUAAGGUGAGAUAUCGAGAGAGAAUAACCAUCCUGCGAGGCAACCAUGAAUCCAGGCAAAUCACACAGGUGUACGGAUUUUACGACGAGUGUUUACGUAAAUACGGCAACGCCAAUGUGUGGAAAUUCUUUACGGACUUGUUCGAUUACCUACCACUGACAGCAUUGGUCGAUGGUCAAAUAUUUUGUUUGCAUGGUGGUCUGUCACCGUCCAUUGACACUUUAGAUCACAUACGUGCUCUAGAUCGCCUUCAAGAAGUGCCACACGAAGGUCCCAUGUGCGAUCUACUUUGGUCAGAUCCAGACGACAGAGGAGGGUGGGGUAUUUCACCCCGUGGUGCAGGAUAUACAUUCGGUCAAGAUAUUUCCGAAACGUUUAACCACUCCAACGGGUUAACGCUUGUAUCACGAGCCCACCAGUUGGUUAUGGAGGGUUAUAAUUGGUGUCAUGACCGCAAUGUUGUGACUAUAUUUUCUGCACCUAAUUACUGUUAUCGUUGCGGAAAUCAAGCUGCGAUUAUGGAAUUGGAUGAUGCUUUAAAAUAUUCAUUCCUACAAUUUGAUCCAGCACCAAGACGUGGAGAACCACAUGUUACCAGGCGAACGCCAGACUACUUCCUCUAAGGGGUUUAAGCUUCAGGGCUAGGUCUCAAGAAAGUGAAGCACUCACCGCUAUCCUGCUUAGAACAAAAGUAAUCCGACGCACGUUUCAUGCAUAGAUAUUUCAGCUUCUCGUACGUGUAAAAGGAUAAUCCAGCAUACGGUAUUAUCGCUAUCACAUUCGGUAAAUAUCCUCUGUAUAAUGCACGAAAACCGCCUUCCUAAAACAUUUGAUAGCGUCAUGUAUGUUAAUGCGAUAUGAAAAACCGAAUAGAUUACUCGGGAAUUCGUAAUGAGUUUUUUUUUCUUUUUUUUACAUGGACACUAUCACAAUCAGUGAUGGGUGUAUGUGUGUGUCGCAAGAUCCAUGUAAAUUUAACAUUAUCUUAGGAAGAACCUAACCUUUCCUUGCAAUCAAUUUGCAUUUUACCUGUCGGAAAAUCUUUGUAGCAACAUCGGAUAUUCCAGUGUAAAAUGUGUCGCCGUUGCUUAAAAAGGCUAGCCUCGCUCUAAUCAUGUCGAGCGGAUAUGUGAUUGUAGCUGCUGUGACACCUCCAGCAGCUCCAGCCAAGAAUCGAUCAAUGUGCGAAUAUUGCCCGAACGACCCUCCUAAAUACUGAAAAGAAUUACGUGAACAUUAAUAUCAAGAUACGUAACAAUUAUACUAAUAAUUAAUACAUAUGAUUGUUUUAUUAUUCUUUUUCCGAAUAUGUCAUUUUUAGUAUUUUAAUACAAAUUUGGGUUAUUCAACAAACUCAAUAAAAAUUUGGUUUAUUCAACGAACACUUAAAAUGAAAUAGGUGCUUCAAUUUUAUUUUAAUCUCACUCUACAAACUGCUCUCUACAGACUGCACUCUGCAAUUGAUAUUUUCUUGUCUUUUUAUAGCCACUUUACAUUUUAACUACUUUAAUUACUUGAUUACUAAUUUGAUUUUUUUAUACUUGAAUAUAUCUAUGUAAAUUAUAUGUGUAUAAAUUGCCAGACAUAUUAAAUUGCAUAUUUCCAUCUUACUUAAUUUUGUUAUCUAUCUACUUUUUUUAUCUGACAGAAAUUACAUAGCACAGAAGGUACAAAAUAUUCGUUUGAUUAAUUUAUUUAAGAGAUUUCCUAUAAGAAAAACUUUGUUUCUUUUUUCCUUUUUACCUUUUUAUAUAUUUCAUACGCUGUAAAUUGUCCUGCCGCGUAAGGAACGACUCUAACCAUUUGUACAAAAUUGCCUUUAUACAGAGCAUAGAACCCUUCGUUUUGUACAAUCUGCUUUAACCCUGAGAAAACGCCUGCACAAAUGACAAAUAUGUAUGAUGCUAAAUUUGAUAAUAUUUUACUAUAUCUUUCGCUAGAGAAAAGUCUUAAAAUUCUCACCUAAAUGUUUAUAAUGCUUAUGCUGUGCUUGCAAUAGAAUUUUUAUCCUGUCCAAUGGUGCCACAGCUGUUUUUGAACAUAUGCCGGCAAUACCUGCAAUUUUCAUACAUAUCGCUAUAUUAAAAAAAAAAAAAAAAAAAAAAA